AUGGACAAAAUGCCAGCCAAACAAUACGAAUCGAAACCAUGGCAAGAUCUCGCUGACAGCGAUGACAGUGAUAUGGAGAAUGAAAUAGAUGUGGACAAACUGCCACCUUUAGAAGUUGGGCCUAAUGAGAACCGACUGCAGCACACAUACUGCCUUUGGUUCUCACGCAAGGGGACACAUCGUGCCACGGAUUAUAGCAAAUCACUUCAUGUUGUCGGGCGUUGUGCCAGUGUACAACAAUGGUGGUCGCUAUACUCGCAUCUUAUACGGCCAACGGCAUUGAAACCAUAUCGAGAAUUAAGCCUUUUUAAACAGGGCAUAAAGCCGAUGUGGGAGGAUCCAGCAAACACAAAAGGCGGCCAGUGGGUAAUACGUUUACGGAAGAAUAAAAUUGAUCGAGCGUGGGAAAAUGUGUGUAUGGCAAUGUUGGGGGAACAGUUUCUGGUCGGAGAUGAAAUUUGUGGUGUUGUACUGACAACAAAAUAUCCGGAGGAUAGCUUAUCAGUUUGGAAUCGCACUGCCACGGAUCACACAAGCACGACACGUAUCCGGGAUACGCUACGUAGGAUAUUAAAUAUACCUCUAACAACGGCAAUGGAGUAUAAGAUACACUGUGAUAGCCUUAAAUAUGUAGCAAUUAAUAAAGGCACUCUGAAAAGCUGAAAUUCAGUAAAUACAUUCAACUCAACAAAAAUAAAAACAAUCGAAAACGACGACACUAUGCGCUACGCGAACACCAACAUUAGUAGCAGCAGCAACAAUGGCAACAUCAAUGGUAACAGCAGCAGCAGCUGCAGUAGCAAUAACACCAAUACAAACAGCAAUAAAUACAACAACACUAAAGACAACCACAACUGCAAAAACUAUUUCCACAACAUUACUACCGACAUCGCAAAAACUUAAAACAUCAGAUUAAACUAAAACAAAAAAAAACUUUAAUUAUUACAUAAUCUAUCCUCUGACCAUUUGUUCAUCAAACAAUAGAAGCAAACAAACGCACAUACUGGAAGCCGGCAACAAUAAAUAUAGUGCAACUAUGUUUGUUAAAAGUGCUGAAAUUUUUGUUUUCAAGCUGAAUGCUAAUACAAUGCACUAAGAGGAAAUAAUGUUUGGCAUCAUUUGAACUAAAAGCUUCUCUUAAACGCGACAACCUCAAGUUAAGCAUCGACCUCAAGCAAAUAGAAAAUAUAUAUUUAAAAAGAAAAAAACGUUAUUCAAAUAAUACCAUUAGUGCUUGCAUACGCGAAACAUCAUCUAAAAAUGCUGUUGCCUCAUAAUGUUGCAUUAUUUCGACAUGAUUAUUACGUAAAAAAUAUACAGUCAUCUGUGCGAUACACUAAAUCGUUUAAAUUGUUUUUGUUUUAUACCGAUUUGCAAACUACAUUCAUAUUCUCAAUGAAUUUCUGUUUUUAUAACAAUUUUAAUAAAAAAAAAAAAAACGUUGGUGCCCACCUCCAAACAAAUACUUAG